CACCCCUAGAGACAACAUUGCAAUUUGCAAAACAAACUUAUUUUGAAUACAACCAAACAAUGCCUUACUCCAACCAGCUCGCUCCUCUCGCUCUCUUCUUGCUCGCUUCUUCUCUGGUUCUCCGGAUGGGAGCGGCGGAGUGCAACGGGAAAGACGUGUGCUCGCCGUUCGAGAUGCCGCCGUGCGGCGACGGCAACGGCUGCCGGUGCAUCCCCUGGGGGCUGUUCGUCGGCCAGUGCAUCCACCCCACUUCGUUCGCCCUCCCGGCGGUGGCGGAGAAGAUCGGGGCCCACCCGAACUUGUGCACCACCGACGGGGAGUGCCUCGAGAAGGGGAGCGGGAACCACUGCGCCCGCUUCCCCAACCCGGGCGUCUCCCACGGGUGGUGCAUCGACUCGUCCGUCGCGCCCAAUGGUCUCGGCCUGAAGAUGGUCACGGACAACUGAUUCACUGCCAGCUGCCAUGAUUAAUCAUCGUCAUCCCGUGAUGAUUAAUGAAGUUUAAUAAUAAGAAUAAUAAUUGUGGGCGUGUUACUUAUUAAGUUCAGUUUAAUGAGUACGUACGAGGUCAUCAUGCAACUUAUUAACUGUGGUGUCGUGGUUCUUGUAAUGUUGCUUGAGGUGUUUGAUCUUUUCAAUAAUGCAUCUAUGUUUUCCAUUUCACUUUCAAUUCCUUCUUUUUUAUUUACAACAUUUCAAAUUUAACUUUUAUAAAAGCUAUAUUAAAGGAGAAUUUAUUUA